UGACCAGUGCGGUGUAGAGCACAGGACCACACAGAACGCAGUAAUCAAGUUAAAAAAAAAAAAACGAAUGCAAAGACCUUUUUAUGUGCGGUAAUAAAAUAUAUGCCGUAGCUACUACAGAUAGCUAUUACAGAAAAAUCUGCAGUGAUCAGCGAACAUCACCCCGCAAAGUACUCAUCAUUUUACCCAAAGCGUCGAGAAAAGUCCCAUAUACAGUCAUAUAUAUCUGUUUGUAUGUUUUUAAAAUACAAUUUGCAGAAAAUCGUCCACUACAACCACCAACGCAGCGACGUUUAAUAGCAAGCAGACAGGCAACCAUACAGCCCUUAUUUUACAAACAAUAGCAUUGACUUUUGUCAAACAACCUAAGUAGCUCUUUAAAUUUUGCACUAGAUCGAAAUUUCGUAGAGCACAUCACGUUCUGCUGACAAAGCUCGUCCAUUGAUAGCUUCUCUGUGGUAUUUCGAAAUAACAAACAUGUCAGCCGAUUCGGAUAUGGAAUAUUCGGACAACGAUUGCGAAUAUGAAGAUUACUACAAUUCAGGUGAAGACUCAGAUGUAGAGCGCUUAGAUCCGAAGAAAACUGAUCCCGAAUACUUCGAAUUUGAAUGCCUCACGGUGGAGGAAGUGGAAAAAUUGCUAAAUGAAUCAGUAGAAAAGCUUAACACGAUCCUACACAUUACUCCGUCACUAGCGAAAGUGCUGCUGCUUGAACACGAAUGGGACAAUCAAGUUGUGGUUGAUAAAUAUCGAGAAGAUGCCAAUGCUCUGCUUAUAACUGCUCGUAUUAAACCGCCUAAUCCAACGCUUAGUCUACCUGACCCAACAGCACCAUCCACCAGCAAAGAUGCAAUCGCCUACAGUAAUAAUAGUGGUAUUGGCGACCAGCCACGCAGCUCAUUGAUUCCAGUAGGUGUAUAUAACGCAGCGACGCCUGGUGGUGGUCCCACGUCGUAUCGCAGUCAAAUGUGCCCAGUAUGUGCCAGUUCACAACUGGGUGACAAAUUCUUUAGCCUUGCUUGUAGUCAUGCUUUCUGCAAAGACUGUUGGUCAAUGUUUUUUGAUACUCAAAUCUUCCAAGGAAUUUCCACACAAAUCGGCUGCAUGGCUCCAAUGUGUAAUGUGCGUGUUCCUGAAGAUUUGGUGUUAACCCUAGUGACACGCCCCGUAAUGCGCGACAAGUACCAACAGUUCGCCUUUAAGGACUAUGUUAAGUCCCAUCCCCAGUUGCGUUUCUGUCCCGGACCAAAUUGCCAAAUUAUAGUACGUUCACCGGAAAUCUGUGCAAAGCGCGUCAUAUGCACUUCUUGCCAUACGUCAUUUUGUUUCAGGUGUGGUAUGGACUACCACGCGCCCACUGACUGUUUAGUCAUCAAAAAAUGGCUAACGAAAUGUGCCGACGAUAGUGAAACAGCCAAUUACAUUAGCGCUAACACAAAAGACUGCCCAAAAUGCCACAUCUGUAUUGAAAAAAAUGGAGGCUGUAAUCAUAUGCAAUGCUUUAACUGCAAGCAUGACUUUUGCUGGAUGUGUCUAGGUGAUUGGAAGACGCAUGGAUCCGAAUACUAUGAGUGUUCUCGCUAUAAGGAUAAUCCGAACAUUGCCAACGAAUCGGUGCAUGUACAAGCUCGGGAAGCUCUGAAAAAGUAUUUGCACUACUAUGAACGCUGGGAGAACCACUCGAAAUCGUUACAAUUGGAACAACAAACCAUUGAUCGACUGCGUGAGCGAAUCAAUGAGAAAGUAAUGAAAGGACGGGGUACAUGGAUCGAUUGGCAGUAUUUGUUCAACGCUGCAGCCUUGUUAGCGAAAUGUCGGUAUACGCUGCAGUAUACAUAUCCAUAUGCAUACUUUAUGGAAAGCGGUUCACGAAAGGAUCUUUUUGAGUAUCAGCAAGCACAACUUGAGGCGGAAAUUGAAAAUCUUUCAUGGAAGAUCGAACGUGCAGAAACAACUGAUUUAGGUGACUUGGAAAAUCAAAUGGAUAUUGCUGAAAAGCGUCGGACCACGCUGCUCAAAGACUUCUUCCCAAUCGAUGUUUGAGUGCCAAAUAAAUGACUGCGGCAAAAGAAAGGAACUAUUUUUCAUUUAAGUCUACAGUCAUUAAUCCAUAGUCGAUAGUGGGUGGAACUAACUGGCUGCUAAAACGAAUGGAUAAACUGCAAUAUAAACGCAAUGCGCUAAACAUAUUAUAACUUGUUUAAUACACACACACCUACAUAGAAGUACAUAUAUAAGCAUAUAGUUAUUGAGAGCAUAAAGCUUACCUACUAUAUAGCAAGAUAUAUUACAAAAUUUAAAUGUAAAAACAUUUGCAUACAUACAUACAUAUGUACAUACAUAGUGAUUUUGGGAAAUAAGCAUUGAAAGAGGUGAGAUUUGUUAAAUAUGAACGUAAUUCAUGACAAAGGCACUUUCUAAGCGCAUUUACGUUACAACUAAGUGAUAGGUUUUAAAAUAUUUGCGAUUAGUAGGACAAUUUUUAACCUAUGACUUAGGACAAAAAUGUUUAUUAUAAAAACGGCAAUGUAAACUUAACAAAUGUAGACCUGUUAGCUAAGAAUUAGCUUAUCAAAUUAUGAAUUUAACAAAACAAAAAUAUAAGAAGUCAAUAAUCGAA